AUGGCGUUAAAAAGAAUAAACAAAGAACUUCAUGACUUAGAGCGUGACCCGCCGCCAGAAUCAGAAUACACCAUUGCGCCAAUCGAAAACGAUCUUUUCAAAUGGCAAGCUACAAUUAUGGGACCAUCUGACUCUCCAUACUCUGGGGGUACCUUUUUUCUUUCUAUUUUCUUCCCUACACAAUAUCCUUUUCAACCACCAAAGGUUUGCUUUACAACUAGAAUUUAUAACCCCAAUGUUAACUCUUAUGGAUCUAUAAGCUUGGAUAUUCUAAAUAGAUUUUGGACGCCUGCUUUUACUAUUCGGAAAGUAAUUUCGGAAAUUUGUUUAGUAAUGAUUGAACCUAAUCCUUAUGUACCAUAUCCAUUGAACCCUGAAGCCACACUAUUAUAUAAAACCAAUAGAGCUCUUUAUGAAGCGACUGCUCCAUCCGAUGAUGAGGCACGUAGUGCCGAAUUGUUAGCAGUUAUUUUGU